UAUUUAGGUCUUUCAGGUCAGCAGGGCAAAAAAUAUAAUUGAAACUUCAUAAUGAUUAUUGCUCUUUGAAAGAGAGGAGUAAGCUUUAUGUUUUAUGUUUUCGCAAAAUAAGUAAAUUUUGGACUAAUAAGCAGUAGUUUGUAAAUUGUUAAAAUACCAGGGCUUGAAUUGCUCUGAGCCUAUUAUAUUAUGCUUGUACAAGGCAAAAUAAUCUAUUUUUGCAUUAUGACAGUAUAACAAAAAUUGACAAUGGACGCACACUGUUGAUAGUAAAAAAAUUGAUAUGAGUGCUUUUUCCUAUCAUACAAUUUUGUUGUUUUUCCAGAAUUUCUUUGAUUUCAAUUACUGUUAUUCAUUAUUAAUAGAUGUGAACAAAGCAAAAUAUAUGUUUGACCCCUUCCUCCUACUUUUCUUUUUCAUCUUCCAAAAUUAAGAGGUUUCAAAUUUUUGGCACUAAAUUGCACAUCUUCAAUAUAUCAUUAUAUACAGUCUGUUAUGUUUAGAUCUUUUCUCAUCUCACUUUUUUUUAGAAAAACAAUAAAAACAAAAAGAAAUGACAAUGUUUGGAUUUUGUAAGAGUGCACCUGAUAUACCGAUCGAACAUUUAGAUUACAAAUAUAUUGAAACAUGCAAUGAUGUAAACAAACUCCAAAAGAUUUUACAAGUACUUAAAUCUGGCGAAGAAGGUCGCUAUCCAGAAUUAGAAAACUUUGCUGAGAAACGAUUAGCAAGCCAGAAGCCUGACAGUGUUCUUCUUGAGAAAUCUAAUCGAGAAAAAAUGAUUACUGAACUAGAGUUGGAGGAAAGACAGAAAAUCACAAACAAUCUUCAGAACAUGCAAUAUGACCAAUCCAAUGGAUUCAAGGAAGACAACUUGCCUCCAAUUCGUACAAGCAAAAAAAUUGGCCUCCAGGAACAAAAGCCAAAACAGCAAACAUCAAAUAAACAGGUUACACCCCGGAGUUAUGAUGAAUGGGCAAAAUUGGAUAAAGAAAUUGAAAACCAAGACCAAAGGGAAACUACUUCAAAAACAGUUAUAAAUGAAGCUAACCCUCCUGCUUACAAAUUGUUGGGAAAAGAAAACAUCAACCAACCUAAAGCGAAAUCUGCCGAUGAGCUAAACUACACUGCACAGAAUGAGAAAAAGAAAGGCAAUGAAGCGUUUAAUAGUGGUGAUUUUGAAGAGGCACUAGUCUAUUAUAAUCGCAGUUUAGAUAUCAUAGAAAAUCCAGCAGUAUACAACAAUCGAGCAAUAACAAAUAUCAAAUUAAAAAACUAUCCUCCAGCCCUGGCUGAUUGUAACACAGUUAUUCAAAGUGAACCAAAUAAUAUAAAAGCAUAUUUACGACGUGGUAUAGCAAAUCAAGCGCUACAAAAUUUGGAUGAUGCUUUUAAUGAUUUUACAAAAGUUUUAGAAUUAGAACCAGCUAAUAAACGUGGAAAGCAACUAUUAGAAGAAAUCACAGCUGCAAUAAGUAAGAAGAAAACAAAUCAGAAAAAAGGGAAAAGAUUAACUGUAGAAGAAAUUGAUAGUCAAGACUGUAUGUCCGAUAAAGUAACUGUAGAUACAAAUGUAAAUGACCCAAAACCUUCCACAAAGAAAGGUAAAAGAUUGAUCAUUGAAGAUAUAGACACAUCAGUAAGACAAGAGGGGAAUACAGUACCUGAAAAAACAAACAAUAAUAAGGAGGUACCGAACACCACAAAUUUAGUAUCCAAAGAUGAUAAACCUGUUGAGAAAACUUCAACAUCCAUUGUUGCACGCCCCAAAGAGCUCCCACCAGAUGUUGUUGAUUUGAAAAAUGAAGGAAAUGAUCUGUAUAAAGCUGGCCGAUACGUUGAAGCUAUGAAAGCAUACACCAGUGCUAUUCAUAUGCUAAUGGACGAUCAAAACGAUUUCAAGAAUGCUUUGGCUGUUUUAUUUAGCAGUCGGGCAAUGUGUGAAAUGAAAACUGGCCGAUGUCGUGAAUGCAUUCAUGAUUGUAAUAAAUCCUUGAAUUUUACUCCAACUGUCAAAGCAUAUUUAAGAAGAGCUGCAGCUUUCGAAACGAUUGAAAAAUAUCUGUCUGCUUAUUCGGAUUUUCAAGCCUGUCUUCAAAUAGAUGGAACAAAUACAACAGCAUUGCAGGGUAUAUCAAGGUUAAGUUCUGUUUUAAAAGCUGAACAUGGUUCAUCAUGGCGUGAAAAACUUCCGAAACUGUCCACAGUUAUACCAACAAUACAACCCACUAUCCAAACCAGCCAAACAAGUGAAAAGUUACCUAGCAAAGAAAGUCAACCACCUAAGAAUAACACUAACACUAAGAAAGCUGAAGAUGUUCCGAGUCAGAAGAGCAUUGAGGAGCAGUUUAAAGAGACUAAAGAAAAGGGAAACAAAUGCGUGCAACAGGGUAAAUUUGCAGAUGCUGUUCCCUACUACACAUCAUGCAUUCUUUUGCUACCUAAUGAAGUGCCAAGUUACACUAACAGAGCGUUAUGUUUUCUAAAACUCAAUGAACCAGUAAAAGCAAUAGAAGAUUGUGACAAAGCACUUCACCUUCAACCACAGAAUGUGAAAGCUUUAUUUAGAAGAGCACAAGCUAAUAAGACUUUGAAGCAAUAUAAAGAUGCAUUAAGUGAUUUCUCACUUGUGUUGAAGUGUGAACCCAACAACACGCUUGCAAAAAAAGAAGUGGAAGAGUGUAAACAGCUUUUUCGGGAAGAACUUUUAGAAAUUCAAGCUAGGAAUGAAGUGAAUAAACAAAAAAGCAAAAAGAUGAAGAUUGACGAAGUAACAUCAGACAUGACAAGCUCUUCUUCGAAGCCGUGUAAAAACAACACAAAAACUGGUAAAUGCACUACAUCUAAAAGUAAUCCAUCCAAACCACAAUCUACGAAGAAGAUGACUGGUUUCGAGUUUUUACAAGCAUGGAAUGGUAUUAAAUCUGAAAAAUCUACUGAUUAUGCAGAGCUACUGAAACAGGUUGAACCACAAAAAUUGCCAGAGUUGUUAUCAAAUAAACUUGAUGGAGAUAUCAUUAAAACGAUAAUUCGUACGGUUCACGAUCAUUUCGCAACAAAAGAACGGUACAAGUUUGGCAUCUCGAUUUUGAAAUACGUCAGCCGUACGUCACGUUUUGUUAUGAUGUUGAUGUUUCUUAGCACUGCCGACAAGACGCUAUUGAAGACCACUGUUGAUCUACUCGAAGUGAGGGUGAAACAAAAUGGCGAGAAAACACUUCAAAACGAUAUUAGCAAUAUCAGAGCAGUGUAUAAAUGCUCUUAAAUCUUCUUUUUUUUUACUCCUGUCACGGUUGUUGUUUUUUAAAAAGUUUUCGUGUAUGUAAAUUAUGAUUGUACAGCGGAUUGAUA